AAGUGCACUCAGCCUCCUGAUGUCCUGACUGUGACUCAACACUGACACCUCUACUUGUGUCUCCAGAUUCAGACCCGUCCUUGUCAACCAGUCACAGAUCCAGCUCUGUUAACGGCACCAGGGAGCCUGACAGUGUCACUUUCUUCAUCCUCCAGGGCCUCUCCAGCCUCGGUGACAGACAGAUGAUCCCGUUUGUCAUCCUGCUGCUGGGUUACAUCAUCAUCCUGGGAGGAAACAGCAUGAUCAUCUUUGUGACACUGACUGAUCCAAAGCUCAAGUCUCCCAUGUAUUUCUUCCUCUGCCACCUCUCCUUUGUGGACAUGGUCUACACCACCACCACCAUCCCCAAAAUGCUGGCUGGCUUCCUGUCAGAUGUGUCAGUCAUCUCUGUUCCGGGCUGUUUCCUCCAGCUAUUUUGCUUCCAUCAGCAAACCAUUACUGGCCAUUUAAUCCUGACCGCCAUGGCAUAUGACCGCUAUGUGGCCAUCUGCCACCCUCUGCACUACACCUCCAUCAUGACCCGGUCUGUCCAGUUGCAUCUCAUUGCAGGGGUCUGGGGCUUCAGCACCAUCUGGCCACUGCCAUCUACCAUCAUUGCCAUACUUCGACCUUACUGUGGCCCGAAUGUGGUCAAACAUGGCUGGUGUGACAUGCAUUCUGUAAGGCGAUUGGUGUGUGCUGACAUCUCAGUGGAUAACAUUGCGGCCCUAUUCUUUGCCACUGUGUCUCUACUGAUCCCAGGACUCCUCAUCCUGACCUCCUAUGUCCUGAUUGGCAUAUCAAUAUUGAGGAUGGGCGCUGGUCAGAGGCUGAAGGCCUUCAGGACGUGUGCUGCCCACUUGACUGUGGUGUCCAUCUCAUUCACCUCAGUCUGCUUUGUAAACAUUUCCCAGCGGGUGGAAAACUUUUCAACUGAGGUUCGUAUCAUUGUAGCUGUGCUGUAUGCCGCUCUGACUCCUUUCCUGAACCCAGUGAUCUACAGUCUGAGGAACAAGGAGCUGCAAGAGUCUAUCAGAAGGACACUGGUCGGGUUCAGGUCUGCUACUGUUUCAGCCACGAAGAACGUCAGCACAGUGUCCUGACUGGGAAGGAAACCUGCCACUCUGUUGCCUGGACGCUAGAAAUGGCCACUAAUCAUUCAGGCAACUUAAUGUCCAUUUUUGAUUAACAAAGUGACUGUUUCAGACAUAAUGUCUUUAGAAAUGAUACAGUAUUCCUAACAAGUCUUUAUUAAACAGAAAUUGUGGCAAUGAUAUCAUACGGUAGUUCAGCAGCCUGUCUAACUCAAUCAUGCUCAA